GUAAAAGGAAUAUUCGUGCUUCCAACGAUUGUGAUAUAGAGCCCUCUCCCCUCAAAACAAACCAUCCAGCGAAAAGAAGGCCGUGAUGAGCUUCGACCUACAGAACGAUGACCCAGCAAACCGGGAGGCGACCCUCCAAACCCUUGAAAGAGCCGACAGCAAGCCGAAAACUAUCAAACCCGAGGACCGGGCGGCCUUGAAUGAGGCGUUGACGGACCAAGCCACCAUGACUCUACUAUCAUCGGCUGGGCGGUCUUCACAGCAAGAACGUGAGCGCAAGAGAGCUGAGAGGGAGGCUCGAACAAGAGCAAACUGAGGAGAUUUAUGCAGACUCAGGCUACUGGAUGUAUAAUGUUUUGCGAGAUAAGCCACAGGAUUUUGUGGACUAGAGAUUACUGCCAAGAGCAAAUCAAAGGGGGGAAAUUAGUAUUGACUGUCAAUAAUGCACAUGCUAAAUGCAAGACCUCUUGUGGUAUGCCCACUUGAUGUCGCCGAAAAUAAGAGUAGGAAGAGGGAUAAUUCUUGGCGAGAGCGG